AUGGACCUCUCAGGCCUCGACUCGUCGCUGCCCGCCGGGCUCGCCGACGCGGAGCGCGACAUGACCGAUAAGUUCAGAGGUAAGCUGUCUCGAGGAGUGAAGCUGACGACAGCCGCCGCGCUGAGUAUCACGAAUCUUUACAAGACUUCGCUGGGCAAUACCAAGCAAGCAUACCAGGUCGGCUACUCUGCCGCUCUCGCGGACGUUCUCUCGAAGGUGCAGAGCGACAUCGGAGCCGGCGAGGACGCAGCAGUCGCCCUCGCGCGCCUGAUGGAUUGGACUGAGGCUCGCCAGGACAACGACGACGAAGCGCCAGCGCCGACGAAACCCCGCGCCGCGCGCCCGAGUUCGGCCCCCGCCCCCAGCAUGCCGCGGUACACUGCGCCCGGGCCAAGCUCGCUCUCGCAGCGUACAGACCAGAUGGAGGAGGACUCGACUCCUUCGCGACCCGUUCGUGCGGACGCCAUCCCCGCCUCGUCGCCGAUCAUGUCCCCCGCCCCUGCCCGUCCGGGUGUCAAGACGAUGCGUUCAGCGACCCGCGUCCCGACGUCAAGUCACGCGGCCCCGGCUGGAGCGUUCAACUUUUCGGUCCCCAUCCCGGUAAACGUGACGACGAGCGAGGAGGCGAGCCCGUCUCAGGUUGGACCGACUGGUGCGAAGCGACCCAUGGAGAAUCAGGGUGAGCCCUCCACUCCGCGCGGGCGGGCGGCGAAGCGACGGAACGAGGGGCAGAGGGGCGGACGCAGGCGGCCGAGUCCGGGAAGUAGCGUGAGCUCGUGA